CAAUCAGAGACGGAGGGAUCUGCACCCCACUUUAUAAAUCCGCCUUUGUGAAUAUUCUAAAGAAAAGGGAAUGGAAGACAAUAUCACUGCUAUCUUGUUUGCGAAAGAACUACGAGCUGUGUCAGUUUUAUACAUUUCUUCGUCUUGAUCUUACACUGGAUUCUGUCAAAAUGGCUACUUCAUCCAGUGCCCAAUUGAGUAAAGCUGUCAAGCAGCAGUAUAUGGACCUUCCUCAGGGUGACAAGGUUCAAGCCAUGUACAUCUGGAUCGACGGAUCUGGAGAGGGACUACGCUGCAAAACUAGAACUUUGGAUUCUGAACCCAAAACCAUUGAAGAUCUCCCAGAGUGGAACUUUGAUGGCUCCAGUACCUACCAAUCAGAAGGCUCCAACAGUGACAUGUACCUGAUCCCUGUGGUCAUGUUCAGAGAUCCCUUCAGAAAAGACCCAAACAAACUUGUUCUGUGUGAAGUGCUGAAAUACAACCGUAAACCUGCUGAAACCAACCUCCGUCUGUCCUGUAAAAAGAUCAUGACGAUGGUUGAAAACCAACACCCAUGGUUUGGUAUGGAACAGGAGUACACCAUCCUGGGCACCGACGGGCAUCCUUUCGGCUGGCCCUCCAACGGCUUCCCUGGGCCCCAGGGGCCGUAUUAUUGUGGGGUCGGAGCGGACAAGGCCUAUGGAAGAGACAUCGUGGAGGCCCACUACAGAGCCUGCCUCUACGCAGGGGUGGAGAUCUGCGGCACCAACGCUGAAGUCAUGCCAGCUCAGUGGGAGUUCCAGGUAGGGCCUUCUGAAGGCAUUAACAUGGGGGACCAUUUGUGGAUCGCUCGCUUCAUCCUGCACCGCGUCUGUGAGGACUUUGGAGUAGUCGCCUCAUUCGACCCCAAGCCCAUUCCUGGAAACUGGAACGGCGCUGGCUGCCAUACAAAUUUUAGCACCAAGGAGAUGCGGGAUGAGGGAGGGUUGAAAGCCAUCGAGGACUCGAUAGAGAGGCUCGGGAAGAGACACAACCAUCACAUCAGGGCGUACGACCCCAAAGGGGGUCUGGACAAUGCCCGGCGCUUGACGGGUCAUCACGAGACGUCCAACAUCCACGAGUUCUCGGCGGGCGUAGCCAACCGCGGCGCUAGCAUCCGCAUCCCCCGCACCGUGGGCCAGGAGAAGAAGGGCUACUUCGAGGAUCGCCGACCGUCCGCCAACUGCGACCCGUACGCCGUCACGGAGGCGUUGGUACGCACGUGUCUGCUGGCUGAGGAGGGCGACGAGUCCACCGAGUACGGCUCAUGAACUUGGGCGGAAUCCUCUUCCACCUUCUAAAGCGUCAUGUUCCCAUUACUGUCCAGGCCAGUCUUUUUUUUUUUUAGACACCCUGUAUAUUGUAAGGCUUCAGCAUGUAUGGAUUGUAUUGUCCUUUUUUUUUUCUUUUUUUUUAGAGUUUUACUUGACCUAAAGAGGAGAAUACUUGAUGUAGUCAUUCAUUCCUUUGUGCACGUUGUACAGUCCUUACCAUUUUAAAUAUCUAUAGCGUAUAUAGUCUACUGAAAGUUGAUCAUUCUCAACAUCCCUAUUUCAGACAUAUUGUUCCACUGUUUAGUUUCUAUGUAUGCCUUUUAUAGAUGGUUUGUUUUCUUAAUUUAGACUUGUUCUUGUGAUUGGUUUAACAUAACUAACCAAGAUACUGCCGCAUUUUCACUAAUCCAGUUUGUGCUGAUAAGAUCACUCGUCACUGCAGCACAGAGGACUCCAGAUGCACAUGCCUUCAUGACCAUUAGUCACAGUUCUAACAGAAAAAAGAUUUUCAACUACUGUUUAGAGGCAGUUAUGGUAUCUGUAGUUUGUUCUGACAAUGCAAUAACUUUAACAAUGUUUCGUUUUUGAAAUUAAAACAUUUGACAUUAUGUAC